AUGUCUUCAACCGGAGCCAGCUAUGCCUCGGUUUUUGUGCAGCAAAAGCGCCUAAAGGAGCGGCUUAUCAAGAGAGCCCAACUCGAGCGAGCCGCCUCGGUUGAUACCAAUAACGAAGCUCAUGUGGAAAAACCGGCGGCUCCGGACACCGGCAAGACGGCUGGUCGGAACAAGAAAGUUCACCCGACCGGUUUUAUAGGUUCGGACACGAUUGUGUUCUUGGCUUGA